AAAGUCUUAAAGUGUCAGAGAGCGAUAUUAAAUGUGCAGUUAUGCGGGCUGUGGACGGGCAGUGGUGAGUAGGUGGUAGGUGGUAGGGGGGUAAUGGAGCGGGUGAGGAGCUCCGUGAGCUGCUGGGCUGAGUUUGGUGAUUUACUCUGUGGAGAAGUUCUUCACUCUGGGACUGAAGUGCUGCUCACCACCGGCUCCAGAGACCUGCUGCUCUUUACUGCUCAACACAAACGGGUUAAGACGAUCCUGCAGUUUGAUUCUCCAGUGACCUCCUUUGCGUUAAGUGAUGAUAAGAGUCACCUUUAUGCUCUUUGCCAGAAUGAUGGACUGUAUUGUACUACUCUCUCCCUGGAAUCCAGCUCUCACUCUCAGACAACACAGAAUUGUGACGACUGUAUUGUGUCCACAGUAUCCAGGGAUUCUCUGGUUGUCGAGGACAGGAAUUUGCAAUCAUUCAUUCUAGUAGAGGGCAUCAUUGUCACAGUCGGUCUGCAAGAGUCCUUUUGGAGUUUUGACUUCUAUGAAGUACCAAACUGUUCAACAAGAGCUAUAGACUAUCGAAAGCGGGCAGGUUUGCAAGUCCCUGCUGUUGCAACAACGAUCCCUCACACUACAGAGGAUGCAAGAGUUUGCUGCAUUUACCCUAGCAAAGACUCUGCAUCUAAGCGAUGCACCCAUCAACAUCAUUUCUAUCUUGAGCCUCUCCUAUUCCGGCUCUUGUUCGGAGUUGAUGCAUCGCUUGCUCAUUCUCCAGUAGUUCUUUGUGGUUUACCUGAUGGACGUCUCUUCUGUUUCCCCCCUCUCCUCCCAUCAUGCGGUGAGCAGAGACCACGGAUCAGGAUGCUCCACAGUCUCGAGCAGUCAGUAACAUUUAUUGGGACUUCUGUCACAGGAGAGCAGGGGCCGCAGUGUCUGGUAGUGGCCGGUCAGAUGGGUCGAAUUCUGCUGAUCAGGGCUAAUAAAGCAAACUCUGAUGGAAAAGCAGCAGAUUACAGUUUCAUUGAGCAGACUGUGCGGGGACCUGUGGUGUGUGCUUGUGUAGAUGGAGAAAACCUAUACUACAGUACCUCUACACACUUGCUGACUGUGCAGCUGAACAGUUCUGCAACAUCACCAUCAUCAUCCUUAUCAGCAGCAAAAGAAAAGCAACCAGAGAGGCGGACUCUUCCCUUUCAGAGUGCUGUUAGUCUGAGUGUGUGCCGAGUGAUCGCACUAGCUGAGCCUCUAAUUACACCAACAGGCUGUGUGCAGUUGCUGGCUUUGUGUCUGAGUGGGAGACUCCUUCAGGUGACAGUUCCUCAAAGGACAGAAAAAGACUCUGCAUCUAAGAUUACUUCAACACAAGUGGGCCAAACAGUGAAAGACCUCUUGGCUGGGAUUGGAAAUGUUUGGGAGAGAGCAUCAUCACUGAAGCACCAGCUGCAGGUGAAUAAUAAUGUGCUCAAGCAUUUGAAUCAAGUCAUCAACAUCUGCAACCUGCUUCUAAAUUCUCAGAAAAAAGACCAAAAAGGUAGCGACUGCAAGCCACCAAUCAGCUGUCAUGGCACAGCUAAGUGGAGUACUCUGCUGCAGAAAGACACUUUAGUUCUUACGUGUUCAUUGGAAAACUCUAGCAAUUCUGCACUGGAGGAAGGUUGGACACUCUGCGUUGAAAUUGAGUCACCCCAUUCCCUCAGAGCUGAGGGCUCUUCUAGAACUUACUCCUUUGCUUUGAAGAAGCUAGACUGGGGUCAGAAAGUUGAUGUGAGUGUACCCCUCGAUGUUGGAGCCGAGCUAUUUCUCCCGGUCAAAAUCCACUGCUUCCUUGUCUUCUCCCUACAGUCAUUACUGCACUCUAAAGAAUCCAGUGGUGACCCAGUAUCUCAGCAUCUAGCAGAUAAAGGCUGCAUUAGUCUCGCUCUGAACACUUUGACUCUGGACUGGAUAGAUUCUUUAAGGAUAGGAGAGCCAGCAUCACAUGGUGUGAUUCCCGAACAAAAUACAGCGUGGGAAGCCACACAUUUCUUCCUCAGCUCUAGGCGGAUUUGCAUGAAGGAACAGCCUAUGCCACAGUCUGGUCCCCAUGUUGUAGCUAUACAGAUAUCCUCAGAGCUUCUAAAGACCUGGCUUGGUUUCCAUGACUGUAGCACUGCAGCACUGUGCAUUUCUGUGCUGAGAUGGCUGAUAUCAGGAACAUCUGAAGCAAAGGGACAAAAUCUUGUUGAGGGUCCAGUGCUGUGUGCCCGUGGGCUGGACGGACAACCAGUCAGAUUGUUGACCAAAGAGGUUAUCCUAAGUGACGUUAACUCUGAAGGACCCCUAUCUGCUGUGGAGGUUCAGAUGGAAAGCUCCUCAAUGUCCGCAGUAUGUGGACUACACCAUGCUGUGCUGCGACGUGUGCAGGGCCUUCUACAAGAUGCUUCAGUGAAAAGUGUGAGCCCUGCACAUUUAAGAGGACAGUAUUUGUGUGAGACCAUUCGACAUGCUGAGUCUCUUUACAAGGACUUGCAGGACUCUCGUGCUUCAGCUGCUUUUGGAGGAGUGAUUAAGACAAGGACUUCACUGUUUCCUCUCUACUUGGAGCUCAGAAAGCACCCACUGCUCAUUCUCUGACUGCAUGAAAAAAGGAAAUUAAAAGUAUAACGGUGAAUUUUCUAAUUUAAUGGAGCAUUUUUGGACAGCCCACUGUAGAAUAUGGUAUAUAUGGUGGGUUCAUUUAAUUUCAGUCUAUGGAGGUAUACAAAAAAGUCCUGCAGAUUUUAGAAUGCUUUGAUUUUAAGCAGUUCAUGGUUUUACUGUUCAAAUGAAUUUCUAAAUAUCAUAAUAAAUAUAUGACAAUGUUCUAAUAUAAUAUAAAUAUAAAUUUGUUUAACAAUUUGUAAUUAAUAGAAUAAACUGACAUACCAUGCUACAUGA